AUGACGAAUUCGACUUCUUCCGGUUUCUGAAAAGGUAUAAAUACACCUCUACAAUUCCCCAAUUCGACAUCAUUCACAGAUUCAAGACAUCUUCUGAUUACACAGUUCGUUUCUAACGACCUUUAUUAAUUACCUUUGCAUACUUGCAUAUCUACAACACACAAACACUCUCUCUAUCUUCCACAUAUCAUCAUGUCGAUUCAACGCUUUUUUGGUUUCCCCGAAGUCUUCGACGACUUUUUGAACUACGCUCCUAUUGUCCAAAGCAGAGCUCGCGACAAUGGCACUCUUUCGCCUGCAAUUGAUGUCCAUGAGGGACGCGACACCAUCAGCGUGGAUGUCGAGCUUCCUGGUGUGAAGAAGGAAAAUGUCAACGUCCACUACGACAAUGGCAAGCUUACCGUGAGCGGUGAAAUUGUCAACGAGCGUACUUCCGACGAGGAACAGCGUCACUGGUCUGAGCGUCGCUUCGGUACUUUCUCCCGUACUAUUUCUCUGCCUUCUAAGGUCGACGCCGACCAAAUCGAGGCCUCCUUCAGCAAUGGUUUGCUCACCAUUACGCUGCCUAAGGUUGAAAAGGUCACCAAGCGCCAAAUUGAGAUCAAGUAGGCGCCUAUUGGUGACUGCUUGAGCAAGCCACCGGUACAGGUUGGCCUGCGCAUUACGAUAUAGUUAAUGAGUAAUGAUUACUGUCAUACAGCUAUGAA